AUGGAUCCGGAAAAGGGCGAUUCUCCUACGGAUAUUUCCAAGGAUAAUGACAUUCAAUCCGACUCCAAACCCAUUGCGGAUCAUGUUGAGGCCUCAAACUCUGAGAAUGGAACGCGCAUGACAAUGAGCAAGUUUCUCAGUCUCACCGCAAUGGCUUUUCUGUGGACUGGAUCUCAAAUCCCCAUCUACCUUUUUGGCGGCAUCCCUCCUUAUAUAUAUGGCGAUAUCGGAGGGGCAGAUCGCUGGGUUUGGUUUGUCCUGGCCAACUUGCUUGCUUUGGCCGGUGUCUGUCCAUUCGUUGGAAGUUUGUCCGAUUUAUUCGGCCGUCGAUAUGUAGCUAUCUUGGGCUCGUUGUUGGUAUGCAUCGGGGUUGUUGUGUCGAGUACCGCCCACACUAUGAAUAUUUUCAUUGCUGGAAUGGCGAUAUCAGGCGCCGGUGCUGGCAUUAAUGAGUUGACGGCUCUUUCGGCCACCGCUGAAAUUGCCCCGACACGCAAGCGCGGUACAUAUGUCGCCGCUCUCGUCUUUACUAUCUUUCCGUGGUCUGCAUCUGUAUUGUGGGCUCAACUGGUUGCCUACUAUGCGAGCUGGAGAUAUGUCGGUGCAUUGGCUGGUAUCUGGAACGGGCUCGGGCUUCUCUGUACUGUAUUCUUUUACUUCCCGCCUCCUCGAGUCAACGCCGAAGGACUUUCUAGGCGGGAAAUCCUAUCGAGGGUCGAUUAUGUGGGAGGUUUGCUCAGUAUCAUCGGCCUGAUCUUAUUCUUGGCCGGCCUCCAAUGGGGUGGUUAUCAGUAUCCUUGGACCACAGCCCAUGUUUUGGUACCUCUGAUUCUUGGCUUCCUGAUCCUAGUCGCCUUUGGACUCUGGGAAGCGUAUGGUGCCAAAUAUCCCAUGAUCCCUGCCAAGAUCAUCAAGGAACCGCGUACGCUGGGACUGACUCUGCUGAUCACCUGGGUCUCUGGAGCCAACUUCUUCUCCAUAAUCCUCUUCUGGCCCACUCAAAGUUUCAAUCAGUUCGGCCAUGAUCCUGUUGCUGUCGGUCUCCGUUCAUUGCCGGUUGGCUAUGGCAUUCUCGCCGGUGCUUGUAUCACUCUCUGGCUGUUGUCUUUGCUCAAAGGACACAACAAGGCAUUAAUGAUUGGCAGCAGCGUCUUGAUGACUGCAGGCUGCGGCGCUAUGGCUGUUGCUCGUACCGAUAAUCUCAGCACGCUAUGGAUUAUCUUGAUAAUUGCAAGCCUCGGGAUUGGUGGAAUUGUUGUUCCAGCGAGUAUCAUGACCACAAUCAUUUGUCCAGAUGACCUAAUUGCUACCAUCUCCGCCUUGACGCUAUCGAUUCGUGUUGUUGGUGGAGCAAUUGGUUACACAAUCUACUAUAAUGUCUUCGUCAACAAAUUCGUCCCCAAAGCCACAUAUUACAUUGGCGGCACAAUGUCCAUGAAACUGGGAAUCACCAAUACAACCUACAUUGCCGAAGCAAUCGAACUGACGGGCGCAUCUCUCCUCACUGAGAUGCAAAAGAUCCCGGGUAUUGCCGGCAACACAACCGCCUAUGAAAUGGUCGUUGCAGCGGGCCAGCUUGCGUAUGCUGAGAGCUACAAGUAUGUCUACUUGACUUCGAUUGUAUUCGGCGCCCUGUCGAUCGUGGCGUCACUGUUUUUGGGGGAUAUCACUAAGUAUAUGGACGACCACGUUGCUGUGGUCUAUCAUUGA